CUUUUUUUUCCUUCCUCCCUCUUGCCUGAUAUGCUGAUUUUAUUGUAUUUCGUACCUUUGCAGCAGUGCAGGCAGGUGGUGGUCGCACUUUUUCGCCAUCCCUCUUUCCCGUCCCGUCCCUUGUCGCCCAGUUACUGGUCGCAAGCGCGCACCACGGAAGGAGCUCUUUGGUGGGAGGGGUGGGCGGUGGUUGACUAAUUUGCUCCAAUGUGCCAAUGUGGGUGAAAAUAAACGGAUCCCAAAAAUGUUUCUGCCAUUUCCUUUGCCCCUGAGCAGAAAGCAGACGCCGAAGCAGCAACAAUAGCACUGCCAGCAACGGUAAUAGAGGGACUGCCAGACCGACCGACCGAGCUGCGAGCGAGCGCAACUUCAUCGGAACACCUUUAUCGGCGACGUGACUCUUUUGUCACUCCUUUCCUUUCCAUCUACACCUCGCCUCCUCUCACAUUCACUUCUCUUCUCUGCCUCACCUCGCACACCAACAGCUGCCAUCCCAACAACCUCCUGCACGCAUCCCAACACCUGCGUCUCUCCGUCUAUCUACCCAACUCUCCAGCGCAUCCCAUUGCCGAACAGAGACACCAAACAACGAACAACCACGCCACACCCAAAGCCGGCCCAUCAUGGAUGUCGCGCUCGAGCUCCUCGACCCAUUGGUCCUGGACAAGGCCUACGCAUACUUCGUCCCUGCGCCCACCACUGCCAGCACCGGCGCAUACAACGCGACCGGCGACGCCUUUGCCUCAUCAUCACCAAUAGACCUCUCGAACUCGUAUGGCUCCGCCUGGCCCCGCGAUAGUAUCCUACGUCAAACAAUCUCCAUCCUCGCAAUCACCCAGCUGGGCGCCUGCGCUCUCUACUGGAUCUUCAGUCCGCUGUCUUACUACCUCAUCUUUGACCGACGCCUCGAAUAUCACCCGCGCUUCCUCAAGAACCAGAUCCGCCAGGAGAUGAUCUCCUCCAUGAAGGCCGUCCCCGUUAUCAACAUCCUGACUUUGCCAUUUUUCCUUGCCGAAGUUCGCGGAAAGAGUCUGCUGUACACCCACGUUGAGGAGUAUGGUCUCUGGUGGAUGGCCAUUUCAGCUACCAUUUUCAUGGUCUGGAACGAUAUUGCCAUUUACUGGAUUCACCGCCUCGAGCACCACCCCGCCGUCUACAAGUACAUCCACAAGCCACACCACAAGUGGAUUGUGCCUACGCCUUGGGCUGCCCUCGCCUUCCACCCUCUCGACGGCUACGUUCAAUCUUUGCCCUACCAUGUCUUUGUCUUCUUCUGCCCUAUCCAGAAGUACCUCUACAUGGGCCUUUUCGUCCUCGUUCAAAUCUGGACCAUCCUCAUUCACGACGGCGACAUGAUUUCGGGUCACUGGCUCGAAAAGUACAUCAACAGUCCCGCCCACCACACCCUCCACCACAUGUACUUCACCGUCAACUACGGCCAGUACUUCACCUGGGCCGACAACUACUUUGACUCCCACCGCGCGCCCCAGCCCGAGCUCGAUCCCCUCCACGACGCCCUCAAGGUCAUGCGCGCCAAGGGUCUCGUUGACGAAAAGGGAAACCCCAUUCCUCAGGAGCAGAAGAAGGAUCUGUGAGGGGAAAAGACUCGCAAGAGAAUGUUUGGAUUUAUGGGUUUGGGGGUUGAAUAUCGGUCAUGCUUCAAAGGACCGAAGCCCCUUGUUUUGAAGAAAAGGAUGCAUGGAAGGAAGCAUGGCGACACGUUGAUGUUGAGAUGAGAUUUUCUUCAUUUCACCGGAAAGCAUCGGAAGGCUCCCCCAAAGAGUGAGCGAGCCUUCAACGACUUUCCCCGUCCACCACAGGUCUCUGGUGGGCUUUUGACACAUUCCUCAUGGCGAAUGAGCAUUGCAUAUCUAACAUAAUCAUAAUUAAGCGAAUACCAAUGGCAUAUCAUAUCUUCAAACUCAUUUUUCCCUCAACAGCAACAGCAAUUGAUUUUGAUUUCCAC